AUGGCAACCGCACUCUACACCCCCGAGCGAGCAGCCGUUGCUUCGUCAGUCCACCACAUUGAUGGGCCUGUCGACUAUCUUGCUUCCUUGGACGACACGACCGCGUCUCACCAUGGCACACUUCCUCCGCCCAAUCCUCAUUUCGCGUUUCCCGCGGCGUCGCCUUCGUCCACCCUCCAUGAUCCGACAACGAAGCGGAGACGGCCUCUGUCUGCGGUGGAGAUGCACACGAGAUCCCUUAGCAUAGCCGUAGAUGGCUCUGACCCUCGACACGCCGCGCUGCCAGCUUUCAGCUUCAACCCCGGUGCCUCUCUUCCCCCGAAACCACACAGCUUUCUCAGCCCUCCGCAUUCUCCAAGCUCUGCUCAGCCCCCUGCUCAGCCCGCUGCUGCAUCUGCUAACCGGCCAAUGGGUCAUGGACAUCGAAGAGGUGGCAGCGAAUUUGUCGGCGGUCGUCUUCGUGAGGGAAGCACCAUUGCUGUCAUGAGCACCAGCCCGCCAAAGAACGAGUUUGACAUGAAGGUGCCCACUCUCCAGCCACCACCGCGCAGGGGACACCGCCGAGGCAUGUCUGCUACUAUCCCAGCAACUGAUCUCCCCAUCCUUUUCGCGCCACCAGCCAUUGGCUCCUUUUCUCAGGGAAACAGCGCCCCCAACAGCCCCACGAUGUUUAGCCGGAAAGACGAUUUACCCAACAUUGGCUCAGACUUCCCCUUGCCAGAGCCCGUGCGAUUGGGCCAAGAUGAUGGAAACACAGACAGCCCUAGAGCAUCCAAAGCCACCCCUGGAGAACGCUUGAAGAUGGCUAAGCCUAACAUGCGUGCAAGAGUUGGAUUUUCAGACACCUUGGAAUUCAUUCCACGACCGCUCUCACUUGUCUCGAAUGAAACAUCCAGCACUGUGACAGCACGACCAGGCCAUUCAGGAUCCGGCAGCGUCUCUUCAAUUAUCUCGAUUUCAUCGCUCAGUGGACGCGACGGCCCCAACUCCUUACUGCGGACUCCGACUGGCGAACCCUAUGAGUCUAGGCCAAGCACAGCAGGCGCUAUCUUAGAGCGUACAGCAGAGCUCCAGAUGCCAGAUGAACCACCAACAUCUCCCCGCCGCCGAAACUCGAUUCCCGCCCUUGUCAACAUUGUCGAUGCUGAUGGUGUAGAGUCGAAUGUGUCUACUCCGACCAAACCUGCCAAACGUUGGUCUUUCUUUGGCUUGGAUGCAUUUGCUUCCGGCUCCCCCAUGAAGAGGCGACCCAGCACUUCCAGCUCUUCAAGUUCCACCCCUCGACCCAUUGAUGGCAUUUCAUGCUCUGACCGCGGAUCGGCAUCAUCACUAGAUACGACAGAAGCCCUCCCUGCAAAGUCUAAGAAGGGAGGCAAAAAGAGUGAUAAGAAGAGGAAGAAGAGGGAGAAGAAGGAAAAGAAAAAGGACAAGGAAGAGGAGAAAGAAAAAGAAAAGGAAGGGGAAAAGAAAGAAGAGAAGGAGAAGAAAGCCAAGGGCUGGGCUGGCUCGAUUCUGCCGUUGAAGAGCCACAAGAAGCGUGGUAAAUCACACGUUGUCCGCCCACCAACUCCGCCCGCCUCCGUGUCCCACUUGGACGACGAGGAAGAGGAUGAGCUCGAAAGUGACAUUCGCCAGCCUCCUCUCGAGCCGCCUACCAUAAGCAUCACCGAAUCUCCAUCCCUACCUGAGCAGCCAGAGCCACCGAAGAGAUCUUCAGAUGACAUGUCUUAUCCCAUGAUUGACCUGGAUGCUGCACUUGGUCCUUUCAACACCCCUCUGUCUUACAAUGCUGAGUGGGAGGCUGCUCAGCGCGCUGCAGGUACUCCGGGCAGCAGAAGGCGCCUCCACAGUGCUCAAGGGUUGAAGGGUUUCAGUGGUCCUGGCAUGCAUUACCACCGACGUGCCGAAUCGGCUCCUGAUCUCCCGCCUUUUGAUUUCCGCUCCACUAUUCAUCGAUUCGGCAGCAGCUCAACCAUGGCUGAUGUGUUUGAAGAGGAUGAAGAGGACGAAGAUGGAAAGGGUAACACCAAAUCAAAGCUGGAAACCAGCGAAGAAGUCAGCGAAGAAUCCGACGGCGAAGCCACGCCCCCUGCCAUCACGCCUGUCCUGCAAGAGCCCUUCCUCGGGCCCAGUGACAAGGUGCUGGGAAAAAUGCGACGCGGAAGCGCUGGGCUAGUUGAGGGAGAGUCUUCAAGCCUCUAUGCAGUACGGGCUGAGGCCUCUCUAGCCUCACUUCAUGAUGAAACCAUCACAGAGGAGGACUUUACGUUUUUCCGCGCCCCAGUGUUCCAAGGCCGCAGAGAUUCUGUCGACUCGGGAGCACCCUCAGCUCCGUCCCCAAGGCAGGUCCCUGUCACCGCUGACCUGCCGAUUGAUGAUCCUCUCGUUCUUCCCAGCGCAAGCGGCACACCGCUCAGCCCUUACUCGGCUAGCUAUAUCUCUUCCUCUCACCCUUCUCCUCGAUCGCCAAUGUCGGUUGAUGCGCAGCGCAUUUCCACCGCACCCUCAUCCAUCACUGACGACAGCUUCCACUCUCUGCUUAUGGGAGAGCCGGGACCAGAAGUCAGGAUCUCAAUGGACUACGACGCCCCAUCACUUGCGUCAAGCCACUCAGCCAUGACCCGUGACAGCACCUUCAUUCCUGUACCGCGGCCUCGCCAACUUGGACCUUCCCGUGAUCAGCGUCCAGUGUCAAUGUCAGCUCCAUUUGGACGCAGACGCUCGAGCUUGGCGAGCCUCAGCCGACUCAUUAGCAGCUCUCAUGGUGAGAGAAGCAAGCUCUCCAUGGAAGUGACCUUGGAUAAUGAGCCGGAAUCGAGAAAGUCGAAGCACAGCAAGACCAAACGGCUGGGACGGAUGAUGCAGUUCUGGAAGCCAAGCAAAGAAGACAAAGUCAAAGAGGAGAAAGCCAAAGAAGAUCAAGCUGCUUGA